GCCCCGAGCAGCGCGGCCACGGCUGGGAGUCACAUGGUGCGCCGGGUAGCCGCCCCGCCCCUCCUCAGCCGCCCCGCCCCGCCCCGCCCCGCCCCGCCCCUUUCCCGGCGGGACGCUCGGAGCAGCUCCGAACUGCGCAGGGCGGCCGGGGGAGUCACACCCCAGGGGUUUCUGUGGUAAAUGAGCUUCUUGGCAUACAAGGAAAUUAAAGAAUGAUGGCAUCAUUCCAGCGCUCCAAUAGUCAUGACAAAGUAAGGAGAAUAGUUGCAGAGGAGGGUCGUACAGCAAGAAACCUGAUAGCCUGGAGUGUUCCUCUAGAAAGCAAAGAUGAUGAUGGGAAAUCCAAAUGUCAAACUGGUGGAAAAUCAAAGAGGACAAUUCAAGGAACUCAUAAAAAUACUAAACAGAAUGCUGCAGUAGACUGUAAAAUAACAUCAUCUACAACUGGAGAUAAACACUUUGAUAAAAGUCCCACUAAAACAAGGCAUCCUCGGAAAAUUGAUCUAAGAGCUAGAUACUGGGCAUUUCUUUUUGACAAUCUUCGCCGAGCAGUAGAUGAAAUCUAUGAAACUUGUGAAUCAGAUCAGAGUGUGGUAGAAUGUAAGGAGGUGCUAAUGAUGCUGGAUAACUAUGUAAGAGAUUUCAAAGCAUUGAUUGACUGGAUUCAACUUCAAGAAAAGCUAGAGAAGACAGAUGCUCAAAGCAGACCAACUUCUUUGGCUUGGGAAGUAAAGAAGAUGUCUCCAGGACGUCAUGUGAUUCCAAGUCCAUCGACAGAUAGAAUAAGUGUAACAUCAAAUGCUCGAAGAAGCUUAAAUUUUGGGGGUUCACCAGGCACAGUGGCUACUCCCCGUCUGGCUCCUACAGGUGUCAGUUGGGCUGACAAAGUAAAGGCUCAUCAUACAGGCUCUCCUGCUGCUUCAGAUGUAGCUCCUGCUCAGUCGUGCCCACCAAUGACAGUGCAGAAGACUUCUCGCAAAAAUGAACGGAAAGAUCCUGAAGGAUGGGAGACUGUUCAAAGAGGAAGGCCUGUUCGUUCACGAUCAACAGCAGUGAUGACAAAAGUUUCAGUAGCAACAGAAACAUUAAGGUCAAAGGAUGACAGUGAUAAAGAAAAUAUACAUCUUUUACCUGAUGAAAGCAUACAGAAAGGUGAAUUUGCUGGAGAUGGACCUUCUGAUACUACAGAAUCUUGGUCCAAAGACUCCUUAUACUCUUGUGACCAUCCUCUUGCUGAAAGAACCCAGUUCACAGUGAGUACAUUGGAUGAUGUCAAGAACUCUGGCACUAGUACUUUACAAGACAGUUCUGUGCGAACUUCUGAAAUACCUGCUGUUCACAUUGAUACGGAGUGUGUUUCAAUUACUCAGCAAGCUGACACACCUCCUUUGCAAGCAAAUGACAUGUUUUCAGCAGAGAAAGCAAGGAUAGAAAGUGAAAUGGACCCUUCAGAUAUUUCAAAUGUGAGUGCUGCUAACUUGUCCAUGGCAGAAGUUCUUGCUAAAAAAGAGGAGCUAGCAGAUCGUCUAGAAAAGGCCAAUGAAGAAGCCAUUGCUAGUGCUAUUGCUGAAGAGGAGCAGUUAACCAGAGAAAUUGAAGCAGAAGAAAACAAUGAUAUUAAUAUUGAAACUGACAACGACAGUGAUUUUUCUGCCAGCAUGGGCAGUGGGAGUGUAUCUUUCUGUGGUAUGUCUAUGGACUGGAAUGAUGUCCUUGCAGAUUAUGAAGCUCGUGAAACUUGGCGCCAAAAUACAUCAUGGGGGGAUAUUGUAGAGGAGGAACCUGCUAGACCUCCAGGCCAUGGAAUUCACAUGCAUGAAAAGCUUUCCUCACCAUCUCGUAAAAGAACAAUUGCAGAAUCUAAGAAGAAACAUGAAGAAAAACAAAUGAAAGCUCAGCAGCUAAGGGAAAAGUUACGUGAAGAGAAAACAUUAAAGCUUCAGAAAUUAUUAGAAAGGGAGAAAGAUGUCCGGAAGUGGAAGGAGGAAUUAUUAGAUCAACGACGCCGGAUGAUGGAAGAGAAAUUACUUCAUGCUGAAUUUAAACGAGAGGUGCAAUUACAAGCAAUUGUUAAAAAAGCACAAGAGGAAGAAGCUAAGGUAAAUGAAAUUGCCUUCAUAAAUACCCUUGAAGCCCAGAAUAAGCGCCAUGAUGUCUUAUCAAAAUUGAAGGAAUAUGAGCAGAGGCUUAAUGAGUUACAGGAAGAACGUCAGCGAAGACAGGAAGAAAAACAAGCACGUGAUGAAGCUGUUCAGGAACGCAAGAGAGCUCUAGAGGCAGAACGGCAGGCUCGUGUAGAAGAACUGUUGAUGAGAAGGAAAGAACAAGAAGCCCGAAUUGAACAACAGAGGCAAGAAAAGGAGAAAGCCCGUGAGGAUGCUGCCCGAGAAAGAGCUAGAGAUAGGGAAGAACGAUUGGCCGCACUCACAGCUGCUCAACAAGAAGCAAUGGAAGAGCUGCAGAAAAAAAUUCAGCUCAAGCAUGAUGAAAGCAUUCGAAGGCACAUGGAACAGAUUGAACAAAGAAAAGAAAAAGCUGCUGAGUUAAGCAGUGGGAGGCAUGCAAAUACAGAUUAUGCCCCCAAACUGACCCCUUAUGAAAGAAAGAAGCAAUGUUCCCUCUGCAAUGUCCUGAUCUCUUCAGAGGUGUAUCUUUUUAGCCACAUUAAAGGAAGAAAACACCAGCAAGCUGUGAGAGAGAAUAGCAGCAUCCAAGGGCGUGAACUUUCAGAUGAAGAAGUGGAUUUUCCCCCUCAAGUUCCAAUCAAUUUGGCAGCUCGAAACCAAGUUCUGUCUCUUCAGCUCAGUAAGGCUGCUACUUUCAGCUUGUACUGUUCUCCAGUGCCAAAAACAGGCAUACCUUGA